CUCUCCGGUCUGAUCUGAACACCAUUCUCGAAUCGAAGCUUCCCCAGGAAACAUCUGAUAGUUGAGACACGUCUUACGCAGUUUUAGUUGUGAUUCCCCAUGCCGGAACAUGGUCCAACUGCAAGAGCUCUAACUGUGAUAGCAUUGAUUGCCACCCUCAAUGACUCAGCCGCCACAGCCAGAGAAUUUCCUGUGGAGUCCGACAAUUUCCACGGUAUCGAAGCUCCAUCGGCAAGACUUCAACGUUCCUCGCUUGGGGUCCAAGAUGUUGAGCGGGAAUUGCAGCAGCUGCAUCUGAUCAAACAACUACAGGAGUUCCAUCACCCACAUUCAAUGGCCCCCAUCCAUGUUGAGAUCCCAAUCAAGCGUACAGUUAUUCCCUUAAAACGGUCCCCAAGGGCCACCAAGGAGGAAAAUGUGGACAUUUGGUUGCGCGCUCGGCGCGCCGGUCACGCUACAAAUCCUCAGAAGGAGAAGUCAGCUGAUUCCUCAGAGCAAAGGCAUGGAAAUUCAGGGGAGGAAUUGAUUAACAGCCGCCUGAGUCGCAGUCCCUCUUUAGACUUGAUCCAAUCCAACUGGUUGCGCUCGAAGAAGGAUCAAGGUCAGCAGGGUCAAGCGGUGAAGCCCAGAUUGGAACGGAGCUACACCAACUUUAGCCCGGACUUUUUCCUCAAGGCCAAACGAGCCAGUGGACGGACUCGCCAGGAUUACUCUGAUUACACCCCCGAGUUCUACUUGAAGGCCAAACGAGCACUGGACUUCUACCUCAAGGCCAAGAGGUCGAAUUCGGCCAAUGGCCAUUCUGACUACACCCCCGACUUUUAUCUGAAGGCCAAACGGGCUUUGUUAGGACGUUUCCUCCCCACCCCUGAGCCCCAAAACCACCAAGAUGUGGCGCUUAUUCGGCCCCUCAAUGACCCUGGUCUCGACCACAUGAGCGACUUCCUCAGUCGUGACUUUUACUUUAAGGCCAAAAGAGCGUCCAAAAGGCCAACUCCGCCCGAGGAAUCUCCACAAGACUUUUUGGCGGAUUUCUACCUCAAAUCCUAAGAAAAUGACUCGAAGGACAAUAUGUAUACCAUGAUUUUAGCGAAUCCAGUUCCAAAUGCUUAGUAUCAAUUGGUCAUGUUUCUUAGCCGUAUGUUCCAAGAACAAACGACCUCGAAAUGUCAACCUUUUUUCAGUUGUUUUGUUGAGGGGGAGGAUUGUUUUUUUAACUCUCAAUGUGGAUGUCUUGCAUUACAUAAGAUGUUGUUAAGCCCAGCUCUCUUCCCAAGGAGAAACUUGAAGCCCUUCUUUCUCAAUGAUGAUUCUAGUACUAAUAACCCCCAUGAUGAUGUGCCUAUUUCAAGCUUAGUUAUCCCUCACCUUCACCCCCAGCGGACGCAAAUGCAUUUCAAAGGCGACAAUUCCUAAAAAUUCAGCUCCCGAAACCAAUGAGGACAGUAAUAACAAGCUCAUCUUCCUUAAAAAAGGAUGGGUUGACCCGUGCAUUUAAUGUGUUUUGAACCAUAGAGCCAAUAAACUCAAGAAAGUGCACGUUCAGCA